AUGCAGGCAUUCCUUAAAACCGGCAAAACAACAACAGGGAGCGAUAGGUCACAGGCCAGUACCUCAUCUGGUCAACAAAGUGGAGAACGUCGUAAACCUCCAGCACCAUGGGUUGAAAAAUAUCGUCCCAAAAGCGUUGAUGAUGUUGUGGAACAGUCGGAAGUUGUGGCAGUGCUACGUAAAUGUGUUGAAGGUGCCGACUUACCAAAUAUGUUACUCUAUGGUCCUCCGGGUACCGGUAAGACCAGUACAAUUUUGGCUGCAGCACGUCAAAUAUUCGGGGAUAUGUUCCGUGAACGUAUAUUGGAACUGAACGCCUCCGAUGAACGUGGUAUUAAUGUGGUUCGUUCGAAAAUUAAAAAUUUCGCCCAGUUGACUGCCAGUGGUACCCGUCCAGAUGGCCGGCCUUGUCCACCAUUUAAAAUAAUUAUACUCGAUGAGGCUGACUCAAUGACACAUGCAGCUCAGGCUGCUUUGCGUCGCACCAUGGAAAAGGAAAGUCGUAGCACCAGAUUUUGUCUUGUCUGCAAUUAUGUUUCACGUAUCAUUGAACCAAUUACCUCAAGAUGUACCAAAUUUCGUUUCAAGCCAUUGGGUGAGGUACAGAUAAUUGAACGUUUAAAAUAUAUUUGUAAAUUGGAGGGUGUUAGUAUUGAUGAAAAUGCCUAUAAAUCGAUUGUUGAUAUUUCGGGUGGUGAUAUGCGUCGGGCCAUAACCACAUUGCAGUCAUGUUAUCGUUUAAAGGGUGCCCAGCAUACAAUACAAACUGCUGAUUUGUUGGAAAUGUCGGGUAUAAUACCCGAGUCAUAUUUAUGUGAAUAUUUAGAGGUUUGCCGCUCCGGAGAUUAUCGCAAGCUGGAGGAUUUUGUACGCAACAUUGGAUACGAGGCGUAUAGUAUUGGUCAAAUGUUGGAACAGUUUAAUGAAUAUGUUCUUCGUUGUCCAACAUUGACGCAUAUGCAAAAGGCCCGAAUAUGUGAUAAGUUGGGGGAAUGUUCUUUCCGUUUACAAGAUGGUGGUUCGGAAUAUUUACAAAUUAUGGAUUUGGGUUGUGCCAUUAUUUUGGCUUUAAAAGAAAAGUAA